CUGCACUUGCUCCCAGGCAGCUUAGAAACUCCGCUUCUAUACUGCAUUUAUAUCGACGUGUGACUUGACUAUUAAUACAGCUAGCACGAUGGUCGACUUGAGAGAAAUUGCCGUAAUCGGAGGCACUGGCGCGCAGGGAAUGCCAGUGGUUAAAGCCCUGGCAGAGAGCGGGCGAUACCGUCUCAGAGUCUUGACCCGCAACCCCAGCUCCACUCGUGCACAGCAGCUGGCUGCUCUCCCUAAUGUGACCUUGCUCCAGGGUGCGCAGGACAACCAACGGGAUCUACAUAGUGUAUUCCGGGGAUCCUAUGGUGCCUGGGUCAACACGGAUGGUUUCACUCUAGGGGAAAAGGAUGAACUGUUCUACGGCUUUAGGGCCUAUGAGAUUGCGAGAUCGGAAGGGGUACAGCACUACGUCUGGGCUAACAUCGAAUAUGCCAUGGAUAGCGCCAACUUCGACGAAAAGUACCAUUGCGGCCAUAUGGAGUCCAAAGGCAGAGUUGGCAAAUUUAUCCUUGCCGAAGGACAGGACAGUAUGAAGAGCACACUCUUCAGUACUGGACCAUACAUGGAUAUGCUUAUGGAUGGAUUGUUUGUGCCAAUCGAGCAGCAGGACGGGUCAUUUCUGUGGGCCAAUCCAGCUCCCAGUGACGUGAAGAUUCCAUUGAUAGCGCUCUGUGACAUUGGUGCCUACAAUCUCUGGAUCUUCGACAACCCAUCCAAGUCGGCCGGCAUGGACCUCCAAGUCAUGACGGAUAAUGUCAGUUUCGGAGAGAUCGCGACGAUUUUCACUGAAGUUACCGGAAAGCCCGCGGUCCACAAGCCCAUCCCAUUUGAAACAUACGCCUCCGUCGCAGAGCCUUACCCUGGCGCAUCCGUUAACUGGGUCCUCGGCCCCGAUGCCGCUCGAGAUGACUCUGUCAUGAGCUGGCGCGAGAAUUUCGGGGCGUGGUGGCGCUAUUGGGGAGACGGCAUCACCAAGCCACGGGAUACAACAGUUUUGGAUCACAUCCACCCUCAGCGCAUCAAGACCUUGGCAGACUGGAUGAAGCAUGUCAGCUAUGACGGGAAACAGAGGAGCGUCCUGAAAAUGGUUGAAGACUGGAGUAUCAAAAGUGGAGAGUCGCCUCAGAAGUGAAUUAAAUCUCUAGCUUGCUAGGCCAAC